AGAGGGAGAAAAUGAGCGUCCAAUUGGAUAUUUCAAAACUGGCCCCGAACAGCAGCACUGAUAAACGAGCGGCAAUUGGCACCUCCCGCCAACCCAAGCAAGGGUUUAAGCUCCUCUUUUCUGCACAGUCCCGUAAACCCUAUUUUCUCCCCAAAUCUUCUUUAGUUCAUUCUUCUAUCUUCUCCAAUCUAAACCCUAAGGUUCCAAAUCACGCCCCAGGAAAAUGAGUUUCGCAGCCUAUAAGAUGAUGCACUGGCCCACCGGCAUCGAGAACUGCGCGUCCGGCUACAUUACCCACUGCCGCGCGGACUUCACGCCACAAAUCCCGUUAAUGCAGACUGACGAUCUCGACUCCGAGUGUCAUCCAAGCGCGGUAUUUCCCGUUCCUAACCUAGUCGUAACCGCAGCUAACGUCCUCGAAAUUUACGUGGUUAGGGUGCAGGAAGAAGGCAGCCGAGACUCCAGGAAUCCUGCAGAGAUGAAACGCGGUGGGGUGAUGGAUGGUGUUUCAGGGGCCUCUCUCGAGCUUGUUUGCCACAACAGAUUGCACGGUAACGUUGUGUCAAUGGUUGUACUAUCUGUAGGAGGUGGUGAUGGUUCUAGGAGAAGAGAUUCUAUUAUCUUGGCCUUUCAAGACGCAAAAAUUUCUGUCCUGGAGUUCGACGAUUCUAUUCAUGGCCUUCGUACAAGCUCUAUGCAUUGUUUUGAGGGUCCAGAAUGGAUACAUUUGAAAAGAGGCAGAGAAUCCUUUGCAAGAGGCCCAUUGGUAAAGGUGGAUCCACAAGGCAGGUGUGGAGGCGUUCUUGUUUAUGAUUUGCAAAUGAUAAUACUUAAGGCUGCCCAGGCUGGUUCUGGUUUGGUUGGAGAUGACGAUCCUUUUGGUUCUGGAGGAGCAAUUUCUGCUCGUAUUGAGUCAUCUUACAUAAUCAAUUUACGGGAUUUGGAAAUGAAGCAUGUAAAGGAUUUCAUAUUUGUGCAUGGUUAUAUUGAACCUGUGAUGGUCAUUCUUCAUGAGAGGGAGCUUACUUGGGCUGGUCGUGUUGCAUGGAAGCACCAUACUUGCAUGGUUUCUGCACUUAGUAUCAGCACAACUUUAAAACAACACCCCCUAAUAUGGUCUGCUGCUAAUCUUCCACAAGAUGCUUACAAACUACUUGCAGUUCCAUCUCCAAUUGGUGGUGUUCUUGUGAUAAGUGCCAAUUCAAUUCACUAUCAUAGUCAGUCUGCUUCUUGUGCAUUGGCUUUGAACAGUUUUGCUGUUUCAAUUGAUGGCAGUCAAGACCUGCCAAGAUCAAGUUUCAGUGUGGAACUUGAUGCUGCCAAUGCUACAUGGUUACUAAAUGAUGUAGCUUUGCUAUCAACAAAGAUGGGGGAAUUGCUACUGCUAACACUAAUUUAUGAUGGGCGGGUUGUGCAGAGGCUUGAUCUUUCUAAGUCAAAAGCUUCAGUUCUAACUUCGGAUAUUACAACAAUAGGAAAUUCCUUGUUUUUUCUGGGUAGCCGCUUGGGUGACAGUUUGCUUGUGCAAUUUACUCGUGGCUCAGGCACCUCAAUGAUGUCUUCCAGUCUGAAGGAUGAGAAUGGAGACAUUGAAGGUGAUGGUCCUUUAUCAAAACGUUUGCGGAGGUCAUCUUCUGAUGCUUUGCAAGAUAUGAUUGGUGAAGAGCUAUCCUUGUAUGGUUCAGCCCCAAAUAAUUCCGAGUCAGCACAGAAGACUUUCUCAUUUGCAGUAAGAGAUUCAUUUGUUAACAUCGGUCCAUUGAAAGACUUCGCUUAUGGCCUGAGGAUUAAUGCUGAUCCAAAUGCAACUGGAGUUGCUAAACAAAGUAACUAUGAACUGGUCUGCUGUUCUGGUCAUGGGAAGAAUGGUGCUCUCUGCAUUCUUCGCCAGUCAAUUCGCCCAGAAAUGAUUACUGAGGUUGAACUUCCUGGUUGCAAGGGAAUGUGGACAGUUUACCACAAGAACACACGUGGUCAUAAUGCUGAUUCUUCUAAAAUGGCUGCAGAGGAGGAUGAGUAUCAUGCUUAUUUGAUUAUCAGCUUAGAGGCUCGGACCAUGGUACUUGAAACAGCUGAUCUUUUAACAGAAGUUACUGAAAGUGUCGACUAUUAUGUCCAAGGAAGAACAAUUGCUGCUGGGAAUUUGUUUGGAAGGCGUCGUGUUAUCCAGGUGUUUGAGCAUGGUGCUCGGGUUCUUGAUGGUUCUUUUAUGACUCAGGAUUUAAGCUUUGGAGCUUCUAAUUCUGAUAGUAAUACCAGUUCGGAAAACUCCACAGUGUCCUCUGUUUCAAUUGCUGAUCCCUAUGCGUUACUGAAAAUGAUUGAUGGAAGCCUCAGGCUGCUUGUUGGAGAUCCUUCUACUUGCACCAUUUCUAUAAAUACACUAGCUGCCCUUGAGGGCUCAAACAAAUUAGUGUCAGCGUGCGCUUUGUACCAUGAUAAAGGACCAGAGCCAUGGUUACGCAAGGCCAGUACUGAUGCAUGGCUUUCUACUGGCAUCAGUGAGGCCAUUGAUGGUGCUGAUUGCGGCCCUCAUGACCAGGGUGACAUAUACUGCAUUGUUUGUUAUGAAAGUGGUGCCCUUGAAAUAUUUGAUGUGCCAAAUUUCAACUGUGUUUUCUCUGUGAAUAAAUUCAUGUGUGGAAGAAGUCACCUUCUUGAUAGAAAUACCCAAGAUCCUUGCAAGGAUUUACAGAGAGGAACUAGCAAUAUCUCUGAAGAAGUCAAUGCCUCUGGCAGGAAAGAAACUAUGCAAAAUAUGAAGGUUGUUGAAUUAGCCAUGCAGAGAUGGUCUGGACAGCAUAGUCGCCCUUUUCUGUUUGGAAUAUUGACUGAUGGGACAAUUCUUUGUUACCAUGCUUACCUAUUUGAGGGUUCAGACAAUGCUUCUAAAGUUGAGGACUCUGUUUCCAUGACUUCUAGUUCUAGGCUUAAGAAUUUGAGAUUUGUUCGCAUUCCCUUGGAUACAUACACUAGGGAGGAGAUGUCAAAUGAGACUGCAUGCCAAAGGUUUACCAUGUUCAAGAAUAUUAGUGGUCAUCAAGGGUUUUUCCUUUCUGGGUCAAGACCAGUUUGGUGCAUGGUCUUCAGGGAACGGCUCCGAUUUCAUCCACAGCUAUGUGAUGGAUCUAUUGCGGCAUUCACAGUUCUUCACAAUGUGAACUGUAAUCACGGGUUCAUCUAUGUUACAUCACAGGGCAUUCUGAAGAUUUGUCAAUUGCCAUCCAUAUCAAACUAUGAUAAUUAUUGGCCUGUGCAAAAGGUUCCUUUGAAAGGCACUCCACAUCAAGUCACCUACUUCGCUGACAAGAACUUGUAUCCGCUUAUAGUUUCAGUUCCGGUGAACAAGCCGCUGAAUCAAGUUCUUUCAUCGCUGGUUGAUCAAGAAGCUGGUCAGCAGAUUGAUAGUCAUAAUUUGAGCUCUGAUGAACUUCAUCGCACAUACAGUAUUGACGAAUUUGAGGUUCGGCUCUUGGAACCCGAAAAAUCUGGUGGCGUUUGGGAAACUAAAGCUACAAUUCCUAUGCAAAGCUCAGAAAAUGCACUGACUGUGAGAGUGGUAACACUACUUAAUACCAUCACAAAGGAGAAUGAAACCCUGUUGGCUAUUGGAACUGCUUAUGUGCAAGGAGAGGAUGUUGCAGCAAGGGGACGCGUAAUUUUGUUUUCAGUUGGAAGAAAUAAUGAUAAUACUCAAAUUUCGGUUGCAGAAGUUUACUCGAAGGAAUUGAAGGGUGCUAUAUCUGCUUUAGCCUCAAUUCAAGGCCAUCUACUGAUAGCAUCUGGUCCAAAAAUUAUUUUGCACAAGUGGAAUGGCACUGAAUUGAAUGGUGUUGCAUUUUUUGAUGCUCCACCAUUAUAUGUUGUGAGCCUGAAUAUUGUAAGUGUUUUCUUUUCCAGUUUAAUUAAAGUGUUACUUUCUUAGCAAUGAGUAUAUGUACUUAUUUGUUCUGAAUUCGUUUCCAAUCUUCAAUUGUCGCAUCAAAUAUUUUCAUGUAAUCAUCAUGUCUAGUUGGGGAAUGCUGCCUCAUGCUGAUAUUUUUGGUAAUCUGUGUUUUGGCUCUUUUGUUCCACCAAUUUAUUUGCUGAUGUCUUGCCUGAAAAAGCACCACAUCUAGUGGUCACAUGUUUUGCAGGAAAGUUCUGGAGUGCCUCACAUGUUAGAGUGAAAAUUUUAAGUUAUUGUUUUCUGGUAACAUGUUUAGCAAUUUGAAAAAUGAUGAACAAAGAAACCUAUAAUGGAACUGUACGAUAAUGCAUUUACAUAAGUUGGAUUCAAUAUGGCCUUUUGUAAGAGGUCAAAUUUAUUUAAUGUCA